GCACAGUUCACACACCUGUAGCGUGUUCAGAGGAAACAGUAAAAGACGUCUGCUACUUUUUCCUGCAAAAUGCUUGAGUUUCCUCCUCGUUUAUUGUCACUCGACUAAAAAAACCGCUAGCCACAUCUGGCCAUUUCUAAUCAGCUGUGUAAAGUGGCAUCAGGCUGUGGGGAAAUCCGUCAGUGUGAUGUCAAAGGCUGUGGACAGCGGAGAGGCGGAUCUGAAGAAGCUCAGCUAACUCUACAGCGUGUCUGAGCAAAAUGAAACAUGGAUGAGGAGGUAUCCGAAAGUUGGGAGGAAGCUGCUGAUAGUGGGGAAAUGGAAAAACGGUUAGAAGAGAAGCUAAGGAUCAGCCAGAAAGAAAAGGAGUCCAGUAAUAAUUCUCCACGGUCUCCAUUGAAGACAACCAUGGUGAUACAAGACAACUCUCUGCCAGCAGCACCCCCACCUCAGAUACGCAUUUUGAAGCGGCCAGCAAGUAACGGUUCAUUGGGAUCACCCUUGAAUCAGAACAGGCCUACACCACAAGUUAAGUCUCUUGCCCAGCGUGAGGCAGAGUACGCAGAGGCCAGGAAGAGAAUAUUGGGCAGUGCCUGCCCAGAAGAGACGCCUCAGGACAAACCCAACACUGACAGGCCUGGGCGCAAUAACUCUGCAUUGCCUUCAGAGGACACCCGAUCAAACAAUCACACUGUCGGGCAGCCAGACGCCACCCAAGGGUUCCGACAGCACAGAUAAGGGGGCCCCGGGGCCACCCAGCCAUUGAGAGGAGAGAGAUCAAGGGCCACCUGAGAGCAAAGACAGUAGUGUAUUCUUAAAACUUCCUUCCUUCAGUUCUAUUUUAUGAGACGGGCUGCGAGUACAGCCACACUGCAGCUUCCUACUAGCAGUCGUGUAGAACUGACAGGGAACGAGGAACUCCAGGAGAAAUUCAAAUGGAAAUGUGCUCUCUUCUCUCCUCACUCCAGAGUGUUUGACACUGUGAUUAUGGACAUCUUCUGGACUCACUGUGAUGAUCCCUUUAAGAAAUGCCCCUCACCUCCAUCUCUCUCCUCCUUCAGUGCCCAGCUGCUCCGUCUCAAGACGCCUGCGAGGCGGAAGCAAAGACUUAAACAAAAGAUGGCAGAGAGAGGAGAAGUGAUGGGCCAUAGCAAAAUGAGAUGAGCUGGUACUUUGGCAGCAGCUUCUCCUCAGCAAUAAUACCAGAUAUCACUUCUCACAUCUUUAAAUGUUUUUAAUUUUUCAGAUGUAGGCUGGCAAAUUUUUAUCUUUUUGUUUUUCUUGCUUGUCUUUAAUAAUCGACAUAGGGAUGCUCUGAUAUCUACCAAGUACAGAUAAAAGUACUUCACAUCAUACACACACCCCCCAAGAACCCUUUCAUUAAAACAGUAUUUAGUAUUGAGAUUUUUUUAAAUAAACAUAUCUGCAGUUUUUAUGAAAUAGGAAACAAAAACAUUUUUCCACCUUUGUUGAUGAAAUGGUCUAAAAUGCUAUGUUUUGGUUGCUCCUUACGGUUUAAACACAUACACCCUGGGCUGCAGCUUGUGGUGUCAGGUCUCCCACAGUGAACUCACCAUUAAUGCUUCACUGGUACCUGCCCAGUAACUUGAGCUGUUAGCAUCAUCACUACAUCCCUAAUGUAAAUUGCCAUUUGUUUUUAAAAAUGGAGGGUAAGGGUCAUGUGUGUUGAAGUUGUGUAUCUGUCAAAUUUUGUUUAUGCUAUGUUUUUUGAUUUAAGCUUUUCAGCUGUCUUCCUUGGACUGUCACAUCAUUAUUUCUAUUUAAAAGUAAAAACCAAACAAAAAAAAGACAAAUGAAAAGGAGGUUGUGGUUUUAAGUCCAUUUUUAAGUAGCUUUUCUGCCUUUUGUAUGAGAUGGCAGCAGUGUCAGAGCAGUGUUUUAAUUGAAAUGAACCAAAAUCCCAUUUUAAAAUCAGCCCAUACAUCAGCUUAUUCUGAUGGUAUCAUGUGAAGGCAGCAAUUCAAGAAGGGGGGGGGGGGGAUUUACUGCUGUACUUCACAAGCCUCUCGGUCAUGUCUCCACCUUGUCACCAGUGCGCUCGUUUCUUCGCAUCUCUCACUGACAUAUAGUACGUAGGAACUCAGGUGCAAGUGAACGGGACUGAAUGAAUGAAAUGAACUAAGAUUGUAUUUUUGCGGCAGGUUUGAUUGCUGAAACAGCAAAUGUCCAUAUCAAAGCUCGGGUUGGCACUUUGUUAGAAGCAGUGUUGCUGAGUGUGCAGUGAAAUGUGACUGAAAUAAUGUCCAAGACGAAUGAAUCCCUGUUUGUUUUGUUUUUGGUCUUGACUGUUGGCGUCUGGGUCACAGAAGAAACCAUAACAUCACCCUGUGUGUGAUUGUUCAGUAACUGAUGGUCCACUGCUGAAAUGGAUCAUGGAGACACAGCUGUAUGUGAACCAGAGAGGUAGUGAUUACCUGGCUGACCAGGACCAUUGUGCCCAAUAGGUGUUCAGAGUCUUUGACCUUUAUUGGUCCAGAGAUCUCAAUAAAGCCAUAUUCAGUGGUGCACAUCAUCAAUAGAAAAGUUCUUGUAACAGUUGAAUUCAGCUUGUGCCUCCUGCAUCACAUCUUGACUUCCUGGUUGUUGAUUUUAGUACUGUAGUUCAAGAAACCGAAUAUAUCUGACGGAAAACUAAGAGAUUUUCGUUCAGGAAAUCUAGCAGCAGAGCAGGAGACAGAUGGUUUAGCUGAGCUCUGAGUCAGAACACAAACUGCCUGUAAAUACUGAUUUAAUAAAAUGAUUUGCAAAAAAUGCCUUUUUUUGACACG